GAGGGGCGCGGGGCGGAACCGCCCGGCCCGAGUCCGCGCCCCGCCCGCCGCGCGCGCCUCCCGCGGCCGCUCCGGACAUGUCGGGCCCCCGCGCCGGCUUCUACCGCCAGGAGCUGAACCAGACGCUGUGGGAGGUGCCGCUGCGGCUGCAGGGCCUGCGGCCGGUGGGCUCCGGCGCCUACGGCUCCGUGUGCUCGGCCUAUGAUGCGCAAUUGCGCCAGAAAGUGGCGGUGAAGAAACUGUCACGACCGUUCCAGUCUCUGGUCCACGCGCGGAGGACCUACAGGGAACUGCGGCUGCUCAAGCACCUCAAACACGAGAAUGUCAUCACGCUCCUGGAUGUCUUCACACCAGCCACGUCCAUCGAGGACUUCAGCGAAGUGUACCUGGUCACCACCCUGAUGGGCGCCGACCUGAACAGCAUCGUCAAGUGCCAGGCUCUGAGCGAUGAGCACAUCCAGUUCCUGGUGUACCAGCUGCUGCGUGGGCUGAAGUACAUCCACUCGGCCGGCAUCAUCCACCGGGACCUGAAGCCCAGCAAUGUGGCUGUGAACGAGGACUGUGAGCUCAAGAUCCUGGACUUCGGGCUGGCUCGCCAAGCGGACGAGGAGAUGACUGGCUACGUGGCCACGCGCUGGUACCGAGCCCCGGAGAUCAUGCUGAACUGGAUGCAUUACAACCAGACAGUGGACAUCUGGUCAGUGGGCUGCAUCAUGGCCGAGCUGCUCCAGGGGAAGGCCCUCUUCCCGGGAAGCGACUAUAUCGACCAACUUAAGCGCAUCAUGGAGGUGGUGGGGACGCCCAGCCCUGAGGUUCUGGCGAAGAUUUCCUCGGAACACGCCCGGACCUACAUCCAGUCCCUGCCUCCCAUGCCCCAGAAGGACCUCAGGAGCAUCUUCCGGGGAGCCAGCCCCCUGGCCGUGGACCUCCUGGGAAGGAUGCUGGUACUGGACAGCGACCAGAGGGUCAGUGCGGCAGAGGCACUGGCCCACGCCUACUUCAGCCAGUACCACGACCCCGACGACGAGCCCGAGGCCGAGCCCUAUGACCACAGCCUGGAGGCCGCGGAGCACACACUGGAGCAGUGGAAGGAGCUCACCUAUCAGGAGGUGCUCAGCUUUAAACCCCCGGAGCCAGCCCAGCCGCCAGGCAGCCUGGAGAUCGAGCAGUGAGGCGCUGCCCACUGGACCACACUGCCGCUCGGGGCCCCAGCCCCAUCCUCACCCUGCCGCAGCCCCAGCCCCAGAGAUGGACAGCGUCCCCAUGCCAGCAGUCCUCACUGUGGAGGACCCCACCCCAGGUUUGGGGUGGUUGUCACCUGAUCUCAGUCCCAGAGGACCUGGCUGGGGUGGGGUCCUCAGAGCUGAGGCUCAGGUGCCUUUGGGCCUGUGGGGGGGACAGGGGGGGCCCCAGCCAGGUGUUGCAGCCACACUCACCUGCGCUGUGUGCAAUGGGGGUGGGGUGUAGGGUAGGGAGCUCUGUGCUGCCCCUGCACUCCGUGUUCUUGCUGCCAUGGGGUGCUGAGGCCCGCGGUGCCUCUGAUGAGGGGCUUAGGUGGGCAAGGGGCACUGUGUGAGCAGAGCCUGUGAAGCCAGUAGAGUCCUUGGGGAGGCUUUGUGCCACACUCUGCUUUGCUCAAGGGUGCCCCCUGGUGGUGUGGGGUGGAAUUGCGCCUGGCCAUGCUCAAAGACCACCCCCACCUCGGCCCACCCACCUCAGCCUCCAGCCCCUGCAGUAGUUCCCUUUUCUUUUUUCUUUUUCUUUCUUGUUUGCCUGUCUUGGGGCCCCACCUGGCAAUGCUCAGGGCUUACUCCUGGCUCUGCACUCAGGAAUUAGUCCUGGCGAUGCUCCGGGGACCACGGGAUGCUGGGGGUGGAACCCGGGUCAGCCGUGUGCAAGGCAAACGCCCUCCCCGCUGUGCUAUGGCUCGGGCACCUGCAGUAGGUCUCUGCAGCCUGAGGAUGCUGGGCUAGCUGGGGGCUCCAGGGGCUGCUGGGGACGGGAACUGGGCCAGGACCUCAGCAUGGGCCCAGGAGGAAGCUGCUGCCGUCAUCUCCGCCCUCCCCGCAGGGACUGGCUGGUCUGCGGCCAGAGAGGAGAGUGUGGGAGACGGCCUUCUCUCAGGGGGUGUCAGGUGGGAGGUGGCCUCCGGACCCCGGGGUGUGACUAUCGCCAUAUGCAGGACCAGGUUUCAUAAUAAAGGGCUUUCUCUGCCUCGACUGUA